CAAAUUGAUAGUGUGCGCGCCUUGGAUAGUGGCACAGGCGCAGUAGCGCGAUCCCCCUGGGCAGGCGCUAAGCACGUGGGUUGGGCUGUCCAGCUGCUGCGGAGUGCGCCUCGGGUUUCUCGGCGACCAUCGUGGGCAGCGAACUAGUAAAGGCUAUGGCGCCGGCAGGAAUCCUGGACGGGAAGGUGGUCUCUGCGCAAAUAAGGGAGAGACUGAAGAAUCAAGUGGCUCAGAUGAAAGAGCAAGUACCUGGCUUUGCACCAGGCCUGGCGAUUUUACAGGUUGGCGACAGAGAUGAUUCCAAUCUUUAUAUAAAUGUGAAGCGGAAGGCUGCCGAAGAGAUUGGGAUCAAAGCCACUCACAUUAAAUUACCAAGAUCAGCCACAGAAUCUGAGGUGUUAAAGCAUAUCAUAUCUUUGAAUGAAGACUCCACUGUACAUGGAUUCAUCGUACAGCUGCCUUUAGAUUCGGAGACUCCCAUUAACACUGAGGCAGUUAUCAAUGCUGUUGCUCCUGAAAAGGAUGUGGACGGAUUGACUAGCAUCAAUGCUGGAAAACUUGCUCGUGGUGAUCUGAAUGACUGUUUCAUUCCUUGUACACCCAAAGGAUGCUUGGAACUCAUCAAACAGACAGGGGUACAGAUUGCCGGAAGUCAUGCUGUGGUGGUCGGACGCAGUAAGAUAGUGGGUGCCCCGAUGCAUGACUUGCUGCUGUGGAACAAUGCCACGGUGACCACCUGCCAUUCCAAGUCUGCCCAUCUGGACAAGGAGGUGAAUAAAGGUGAUAUCUUGGUGGUUGCCACUGGUCAGCCUGAAAUGGUGAAAGGAGAGUGGAUCAAACUUGGGGCGGUUGUCAUCGACUGUGGAAUCAAUUAUGUCCAAGACAGUACAAAACCAAAUGGAAAGAAAGUGGUAGGCGAUGUGGCAUACGAGGAGGCCAAGGAGAGGGCAGGCUUCAUCACGCCUGUCCCUGGUGGUGUUGGGCCCAUGACUGUGGCAAUGCUGAUGCAGAGCACAGUUGAGAGUGCAAAGCGUUUCUUGAAGAAAUUUAAGCCAGGAAAGUGGAUGAUUCAGUAUAACAAUCUCAAUCUGAAGACACCUGUUCCAAGUGACAUUGAUAUCUCACGGUCUUGCAAACCAAAGCCCAUUGGUAACCUGGCUCGAGAAAUUGGCCUGCUCUCUGGAGAGGUGGAAUUAUACGGGGAAACAAAGGCCAAGGUCCAGCUGUCAGCGCUCGAGCGCCUAAAGCACCAGCCUGAUGGGAAAUACGUAGUAGUGACUGGAAUAACUCCAACACCCCUGGGAGAAGGGAAAAGUACAACCACAAUUGGGCUGGUGCAAGCCCUUGGUGCCCAUCUUUACCAGAAUGUCUUCGCGUGUGUGCGACAGCCUUCUCAGGGCCCCACCUUUGGAAUAAAAGGUGGUGCUGCAGGAGGUGGCUACUCCCAGGUCGUUCCUAUGGAAGAGUUUAAUCUCCACCUCACUGGUGACAUCCACGCCAUCACUGCAGCUAAUAACCUCGUUGCUGCGGCCAUUGAUGCUCGGAUGUUCCAUGAACUGACUCAGACUGACAAGGCUCUCUUUAAUCGUUUGGUACCAUCAGUAAAUGGAGUGAGGAAGUUCUCUGACAUCCAAAUCCGAAGGUUACAGAGACUAGGCAUUGAAAAGACUGACCCCACCACACUGGCAGAUGAAGAGAUCAACAGAUUUUCAAGACUGGAUAUUGAUCCAGAAACCAUAACAUGGCAAAGAGUGUUGGACACCAACGAUAGAUUCCUGAGGAAGAUCACAAUUGGGCAGUCUCCAACGGAGAAGGGUCACACUCGGACGGCUCAGUUCGAUAUCUCUGUGGCCAGUGAAAUCAUGGCUGUCCUGGCUCUCACCACUUCUCUAGAAGACAUGAGAGACAGACUAGGAAAAAUGGUGGUGGCCUCCAGCAAAAAAGGGGAGCCCAUUAGCGCUGAAGAUCUGGGGGUGAGCGGUGCGCUGACUGUGCUGAUGAAGGAUGCGAUCAAGCCCAACCUCAUGCAGACGCUGGAGGGGACUCCAGUGUUUGUUCAUGCUGGACCGUUCGCCAACAUUGCUCAUGGGAAUUCCUCCAUCAUCGCCGACCGGAUCGCACUCAAGCUUGUGGGUCCCGAGGGCUUUGUGGUGACUGAAGCAGGAUUCGGAGCAGACAUUGGAAUGGAAAAGUUUUUUAACAUCAAAUGCCGGUAUUCUGGCCUCCGCCCUCACGUGGUGGUGCUUGUCGCCACUGUCCGGGCUCUUAAAAUGCACGGAGGUGGCCCCACGGUUACUGCUGGACUGCCUCUUCCCAGAGCUUACAUAGAAGAGAACCUGGAGCUGGUUGAAAAGGGCUUCAGUAAUUUGAGGAAACAAAUUGAAAAUGCCCGAAUGUUUGGUGUCCCCGUGGUAGUGGCUGUGAAUGCAUUCAAGACAGAUACAGAGGCCGAACUGGACCUCAUCAGCUGCCUUGCUAGAGACCACGGAGCUUUUGACGCCGUGAAGUGCACUCACUGGGCAGAAGGGGGCAAGGGUGCUCUGGCCCUGGCUCAGGCCGUCCAGAGAGCUGCACAGGCACCCAGCAGCUUCCGGCUCCUUUAUGACCUUGAGCUCCCUGUUGAGGAUAAGAUCAGGAUCAUUGCACAGAAGAUCUAUGGCGCAGUCGACAUUGAAUUGCUCCCUGAAGCUCAGCACAAGGCUGAAGUCUACACGAAGCAGGGUUUUGGGAAUCUCCCCAUAUGCAUGGCCAAAACGCACCUGUCCCUGUCUCACAACCCAGAGCAAAAAGGUGUACCUACAGGCUUCACCCUGCCCAUUCGUGACAUCCGUGCCAGCAUUGGUGCUGGUUUUCUGUACCCGUUAGUGGGAACGAUGAGCACAAUGCCUGGACUCCCUACCCGGCCCUGCUUUUAUGAUAUUGAUUUAGACCCUGAAACCGAACAGGUGAAUGGACUGUUUUAAACAGAUCAUCCAUCUUGAAGAAGCCUCUUUGGCCAGACUGUUAAGGCGCACUGUGGAGAGUGCAGAGAAGGCAGACAGUGGCCCAAAGAUCUCCUGAAAUCAGUAGUGGGGGUUUCCCCGAAAGCCUUCUUUAGUUUUGAUUCUCAUGAUCAUGUAUAAUUUAACAUAAAUCAUGCAGAUGUCUAUUUACU